AUGAUAGUGAAGGUCAGUAAAUCUACUCCGCUUCUAGCAACAGCCGAGGAGAGACGUCGGAAACGAGAAGAACUUCGACGUAAGGAAGAGAUUGCUAGCAACCUUGUGGAUCGUCUCGUAGACGACCGGGAACGAGAAGACCGGGAACGAGAAGAACGUCGACGUAUGGACGAGAUUGUUAGCAACCAUAUGGAAGCUGCGGAUCGUCUCGUAUACGACCGGCCCCCUAAAUCCAGAAGAAACAGAAAAAAGCACAAAAUCUAUGGCGAGUCUGGCGAGGCUCCCGAGGACUAUCUCAUGUCUGGGGGACUGGAACCUGCCCCUCCACCCGCAAUCUCACUUCCUACUAAGGCACGGAAGCCAGUUCCGAUUGCAGGACCGCGUCCUCCCUCGGUUGCCGAUAAACUGAUACCUGCCGUCACACCAACAUUCCCACCUGCAUUGUCUGGGCAGGACGAGGAGGAAAAGGAGGGAAAGGAGGCUGCUCAGGAGCCUGAUACUCCUUCAGACAGCCACAAGGGGUCUACAUCGUCAGGAAGGUCACAUAAGGUGACUCCGAUUCCCGCACCGAGGCCCUGGGAAGACCACCCUGGCUUGGUCGUCAAGUUCAAUGUCCACGGUCAUCGUGGUUCCGGCCGUGGAAAGGAUCGGUCAAGUGAUUGA